AGAGAAACCAAAGAGACCACAGACUGGAGGAAAUAGAGAUAGAAAUAGUUCAGAGCCGCAUUUCUGAUCGGAAAGUGAACAAAAUCUGUCAGAAGCCCCAUAUCUUGGACUGGUACUAUGUUUGGAUAACGGAGGGAGGAAUUUAUUUUUUUUCCCACCAAAACUGCCACUCAUCCUCUGAACCAGAGGGAGGGUGUGUACGCAUUGUCAGCAUGGACUGGGCAGCCAUCCUGGUGUUGAGUAUCAGUUGUUUCACAGCAAAUUCGGUGUCCCUCUCUCAUAUUGAUGACUCAGGCGAAAAAAAGCUGCACUACCUGGUGGAACCACCGGUGUACGCCGAGGUCUCUGCCCCGCGUGGAGGCAACGUCACACUGCCGUGCGUGAUGCACACCAAGCCCCCACACUACAGGAUUAAAUGGGUCAAGCUGGAGCCUCACCACCAGGGCGUGGAGAACAUUGUGCUCAUCACCAACGGUCAUGCCCUUAAACACUAUGGUGCCCUGGGGCCCAGGGCUUCAUUGAGGGACGCCCAUCCUCUGGAUGCCUCCCUACGCAUCAGCAACCUGGAGCUGGGGGACGGGGGCGAGUACCGCUGUGAGCUCAUCAAUGGCAUUGAGGACGAGAAGGUGGAGAUCACGCUGAGUAUUGAUGGAAUUGUGUUUCCAUACGGCAGGCACGGUCGCUACAAGAUGAACUUUGCCCAAGCCAAGGCUGCAUGUGCAGAGCAGGACGCUAUCAUGGCAACAUACAAGCAACUUUUCAAAGCUUGGACUGAUGGGCUGGACUGGUGCAAUGCUGGCUGGCUGAAUGACGGGACCGUUCAUUAUCCGAUCCUUCAUCCUCGUGCAGCCUGCGGAGGUGACCUCCUGCCCGGCAUCCGGAGCUAUGGCCCCCGGCACAGGAUCAAAGACCAUUUCGACACAUUCUGCUUCACGUCUGCCACGUCAGGAACGGUAUUUUACCUGGGUGGCUCUUUCAACUUUGCUGAGGCCGAGCAGGCGUGUCGCGUUGACGGUGGCGGGGAACUUGCGCGGGUCGGACAGCUGUAUGCGGCGUGGCGCUACCAGGACCUGGAUCAGUGCAACGGUGGCUGGCUGCAGGACGGCAGUGUGAGGUUUCCCAUCGUCACCCCUAGGAAGCACUGUGGAGGCCUGCCCGAAGCCGGCGUCCGCAGCCUGGGAUUCCCAAAAAAGACUCACCGACUCUACGGUGCCUACUGCUACAGAUGACACUUGGCAGUCAGUCAGCUGACU